UUCUCAAUUUCUAAAAAGCAACAUUUUCCUGGAAAAGUUGAAGGAAGGUAAUAUCAGGUUGUAAUAGACUUAGGUGAAGAAGUGAUUAAUCAAGGUAGUAACUUAAAUCAAACUAAAUUUAGGUAGUGCACUUUCUGUAAGAACUAGAAGACAUGCUCUGUUUUCUAUAUUUCAUCUCACCUUGAUUUGCUGAUCUAUUAUGCCCCGUAUCCUAGUCGGAUCUGGAAUGAAACUUGGCUUGCUGGAUUCUUCUACCAACCAUGCAACUACGAGUUAUUUGUUAAGCAGACUCUUAACAUGGAAAUGGCCAUCGUCAUGGCAAGGGAAGCUGGCGUGGAUUGGAUUAUUCAUCUUGAUACUGAUGAGCUAUUACAUCCAGCUGGAACUAGUGAGUAUUCUUUACGACGUCUUCUGGCAGAUUUACCUGAAGAUGUUGAUAUGGUGGUCUUUCCUAAUUAUGAGUGCAGUGUUGAAAGAGAUGAUGUAAAGGAACCUUUUAGUGAAGUCUCAAUGUUCAAGAAGAAUUACGACCAUCUCCCGAAAGAAACUUACUUUGGAAACUACAAGGAAGCAACCCGCGGUAAUCCUAACUACUUUUUGACUUAUGGAAAUGGAAAAUCAGCUGCACGAGUUCAAGAUCAUCUUCGUCCUAAUGGUGCUCACAGAUGGCACAACUACAUGAAAAGCCCAAAAGAGAUAAAACUGGAUGAGGCUGCUGUUCUGCAU